UUUUGCUGAUUUUGUUUGCAAUAUGAUCAAAUGCUAAAAUGUACAGAUAUUUUUUUAUAUUACGUAACACAAUUUCAUGGUUUAUCAAAUUUUCAAGCAAACAUGAAAAGGAUACAACCAAUGUAUGGACUGCUUUCAGCUUUGUUGGUGAAGCAUUUUGAACUGCAAGAGCUUGUUGUAAAGGCGUUCAUAAGAUACAUGCAAUGUAUACAUAUUCAGAAGGAAAAAGACGCAUUUGAUGUGUUGCAAUUACCCAUUGAUGAAUUUGCAGCUUCAAUGGGUCUGGCUCUCACCCCUAAUAUUCGUUUUGUAAACUGAGAGGCAAAAAGCUGCCGCCUAGUGAAUCUUAUGUCCUUGAAUUGGAAGCUUCUAGCAAGGAGCCUCUAGUAGAGGUAAAGGGAACACAGGCAAAAACCAGCAAGUUAAGAGAGGAAAACUUUGACUUACCAGCAGAGUUACUGAAUCCAAAUGACUCUCAGGAUGAGGAUGUGGAAAAAAUCUCCUUUUAUCUAAGCAUACCCAAAAUGAGGGCAUUGAGAAAGCAGUGGAAGUUGGAGAUGCAAUGUAAUUCAUUUAACUCCUUACUCUUUGUCCCUUUUUAUCUGCUAUUUUUUGGAGUGCGAUGAAGCUACGUUUGCUCCACUCAAAGUCUGGACUUGAUCUCUAUGGCUAUUGUGCAAACUUCGACUUACGGUUUGUCUUACGUUUCCUCUGGAUAUUGUGCAAACUUCCACCCCGUAUUUCUAAGAAGAAAAAAUUGAAGAUCAACAUUCACAGACCAGUCGGAACAAGGGUUGUCUUUGAUGAUCAAGGGAAUACGCUGCCUCCACUAUGUAUGGUGGCUGGAGCAAACAACGAUGAUGGUUUGUCUUUGUUUGAAAAAGACAAGAGGGACGGGUAUUACAAAAAUAUAAGGGAACAACUGAUGAAAGCGGACAAGGUAGACAAGGUUCUUGACCAUCAACGUCGGAGGGAUAAGGGUAUUAAGGAGAAAAUGAAGUGGAAGAGAGUUGGGGACGAAGAAGAAGGUAGUGAUAAGGAUAUUUUUGGGUCAGGAGGGGACGAAGGAACAAAUGGAAGGAAACCAAAAAGAUGGAAGAUCUACUUCAAUAGUGAUAGUGAUGAUGAUGGUGAAACUAGAGGAAAGAAAGAAAUGUAGUAGACGACUCCAUUUCCCUAGCAGAGCAAGAAGCUCUGGCACUGAAGUUGUUGAACUCCAUGCACCAAUGACAGUAGAUUUUGCAACUCUGGUUAAGAUGUAGCUGGCAAUUUUGUCUAAGGAAGCCUGCACUAUCUUUGCUCAUUCUUUCCGUCCGUCAAUGGCAUAGUUAACAAGAAAAAUUCGCUUUGUUUCUCAUUUUGACUUGUUUACUAUUAUGCUUAUGAAAUACCUCCGGAUUAGUGAAGGCAGACUAAUAACACUAGAGGAACUUACAGUCAAUCGGCUACAUAAAUGUUUGUCUAUGAGUUUGAAAGGAUAAGUGUCAGGAUAUUAAUACGGUAAGUUCAAUCCCAAAGGACUGGUCUAAGCCUCAGCUGGGGAAGUUCCAAAAUUUGUAAACUUUAUAUCCCUCAUAGUUUGAAUAGUGAGGUCCCAACUUUUUUCAUGUGAAAUGUUAGGUUACGAUGAAGAAAUGUAAUCUAUAAGACCUUUUCUUCUAGUAGGAAGAUUUCGGUUUUCACGUUUUGAUAUAACUUCUUUGUCAAAACUAGAGGGGAAGCGACCUUCUACUAAAUUCCUAGUUUUUGCGUAAGUUGUCUUUUUCUAUGCAAGUACACUUAGAAAGAAGAAAGAAGGUUGGAUUCAAAAAAGUAUGCUUAAAAUGUUCCUUCAUUGAGCUUAAUAGAAUGAAGAGACUUCAGCACUAUGAUAAUGAUUGUUUCUCGAUAUCGAAUCAUCAUUCCACAUCUUGUUUGUAGUUUGACAUCUGGCAAUAAAAAACUCGUUACUCCAUCAAAGUGACAAGCUGAGAAACCACCAGGAUUACCAAUUUGUACGAAGUACGAAGACAUCCCAAGGCAUGCAUUGAUACAGUUAAACAGAAAUCCACAAAGCAUAAAGUCAAUAAACCUUUAGGGACACUACACAACCUCCACCAAUAAAACUCAUGCUUAUGAAGUACCUCCAAUGAUUAGUGAAGGGCUGAAGGCAGACUAAUAACACUAAAGGAACUUACAGUCAAUCACCUACAUAAAUUGUUGUCUAUGAGUUUGAAAGGAUAAGUGUCGGGAUAUUAAUACGAUAAGUUCAAUCCCAAAGGACUGGUCUAAGCCUCAACUAGGGAAGUACCAAAAUUUUUAAACUUUAUAUCCCUCGUAGUUUGAAUAGUGAGGUCCCAACUUUUUUUAUGUGAAAUGUUAGGUUACGAUGAAGAAAUGUAAUCUAUAAGACUUCUUUUUCUAGUAGGAAGAUUUCGGUUUUUCACGUUUUGAUAUAACUUAUUUGUCAAAACUAGGAGGGGAAGCGACCUACUACUAAAUUCCUAGUUUUUGCGUAAGUUGCCUUUUUCUAUGCAAGAACACUUAGAAAGAAGAAAGAACUUCGGAUUCAAAAAAGUAUGCUUAAACCGUUCCUUCACUGAGCUUAACAGAAUGAAGAGACUUCAGCACAAUGAUAAUGAUUGUUUCUUGAUAUCAAAUCAUCAUUCCACAUCUUGUUUGUAGUUUGACAUUUGGCAAUAAAAAACUCGCUACUCCAUCGAAGUGACAAGCUGAGAAACCACCAGUAUUACCAAUUUCUACGGAGUAAGAAGACAUCCAAAGGCAUGCAUUGAUAUAGUUAAACAGAAAUCCACAAAGCAUAAAGUCAAUAAUCCUUUAGGGACGGUACACAACCUCCACCAAUAAAACAAAUGUUGACGUAAGCGAUUUACUAAUGGGCAUUGGAACCUUCCUCCUACCUGUUAUUUGCUUCCUAACUAUGAACUCAUACAGUCAUACUAUAGACCCCACACAUCCCACUUAAUCUAUUACAUCGAUUUAUCAUACUCUCUCAACCAGGUCAUCAAAAGAAGAUACUAAAAAAAAACUUUCCAAAGUGAGAGAAGGAGAAGGAGAAGGAGAAUGAGAGAUAGGUCAAGAUUAGAAUGAAGUGAUCGCUAGAAU